AUGGUGGGCGGUACGAACAAGAUGACAGACAAUUUAAAAACAGCCUCGGAAUACGAAACGCAAAAGGGGGAGGAAUCGGCGAUUGAAGGAUCAGGGAAUGAGAGGGAGAGGAAGGAUAGGAAAAACGAAGCGCCUGAGAGCAAACGUGAGACUCCUCCUGAUGUUCGCUCUCGAUCUGCUCUAUGUGGGUCCUCUGGGCGCAUCAAUGGGAGCUCUUCGAGCGCUGCUUCAGGAGGGGAAAGUAAGGAGGAAGAUGGGGAAGCAUGGCAGCAUGUUCCUCUUGGAAGGAACUUGCGAAGCAAGACGAAGAGGGGAUGCAAAACGCAGGCGGGAAAUGAAAAGCCGGUUAAAAGCGGACAUAGGUCGAAUGAUGGACGCAUGGACGUAGCAACGGUAAAGGCAGAAUCAGAGAAAAUGGAUCUAGGUGAGUUGAAAUUAGGUAAAAGAAGGAUUGACAAGACAGCGGAGGUGAAGAUGGGGGAUGAGGGAAGUGAGAGUAGGAAGUAUCUGAAAUUAUCACAAGAGAAAGAGAGGAAUAGAACAGCGAAGAGAAAGGGAGGAGAUGGGAAAGCAAGGAAACGAGAGGAAAAGAGAAGGGCACUCUUGCUAAAUGAAAAUGAGGAUGAUGAUGAUGAUGAUAAUGGCGAGGACUCUUUAGAGGAUGACAGGAAUUUAGAAGUGAGCCUGGAGAAGGAACUCGCGAAUAUCCGAGCGGGCCUCCGUAUGCUCGUCAUUGGCAGCAAAGGCCUGACGAAGGGAGAGGCCAGCAGGAUAUUCGCCAGGAUUGAACGAUAUGAAAACGUAAUUGUACGCAUGAGUGUAGAGAAUGAGAGGUUGGAAAGUACGAUGAAGUUGCAGGAGGAAAUGUUUAAUAAAAAAUUGGCAGCUAUGGAUGAACGAAUGAAUAGUAUGGAGGAUAUGAUGAAGCAAGUUUUGGACAAAAUGGUUAAAAAAAAUAACUGA